AUGCCAGCACAGCGUAUACAGAACGUAUCAAGACAGCCGUCAAAAAAAAGCUAUCAAGAGAAGGUUGUGAGAAUUGUUUACGAUGCCAAAGUAAGAAUUGCCAAUGGAUUCAGCACAACGGAUAAAAUAUCCGAUUGUCUGAAAUCAGGAUUAGUGUACGAAGUCACCCACCCCACGGCACAUUUACUGAUAUUCACAGUGAAGGGACAAAAUUUUAUUGAACAAACAUUGAAAUGUUCAUGUUUACUUGUACGAACGACAGUUGCUGAUUGGUUUAUUGGUACAUUUGAAGAAGAUUUUCAGAAAGAAUAA